AUGGAUUACGUUCCUACAGGCAAAAAUACGAUGAUAAUGUUGCCCGAGGAUUUGGUUUGGGAAGUUCUCAAAUGGAUCCCCGUGAAAUCCUUAAUGAGAUUUAUGUGUGUAUCUCGAAUUUGGCUAUCCAUCAUCUUGAACCCAAGGUUUUGCGAGGCUUACCGGGGUUACGAUUCUCCCAGUCUCUCGUCUUUUCACGUUCCUCGAUAUUACGACAUCCGAAGCGACUACACCCUUUUACGGUUGCUCAAUAUUGAGAGUGGCCGCGUCACAUCCUUUACUCUUGAUCAUGGGGGAAGUGAAUACACAAACGUCGUGGAUGGUCUAAUGUGUUUCUAUCUACACGAGAAAUCUUGGUUGUAUAACAUUGCCACUCGAGAGAUGGUGCAACUUCCCGACUUGACCACUCCGGAUCCGGAUAUAGUAUAUCCUACCAUUGCAAUACACGUCACUUGGGCUUCGAUCCCAAUCCUCAAUGAACCUGCACUUAGGUAUGGUGGAUUUCUAAGCUUAAUCAAAAGAGGAGCGUGCUUAGGUGGCUCUCUGUGCUGGAAGCGUUGGAAAUGGAGUCAAGUUACGGCUUUUAGCCUUGCUGAAGAGAAGUUUAUCGACAUCAAUCCAUUGGAUUCUAAUUUCUUUUUAAUCAAUUUCGGACCCAGUAUAGUUGUAACGAGAUGUGUUGGAAGGUCGGACAGCCCGGCUGAUGAGCUGUUAUGCUACGACAUUGAGAAGGAGAUUUGGAGGGAUGAGUUACUAGAGUUACCAAGAGAGAAAUCAAUGGAUGAUGUUGAGGAUGACAAUGAGAUGGCUCCUGUUGUGGGUAUCCUUCCUAAUGGGAAGAUGGUGUUGCAUGAUUCUUUUCAAGGCUUGCCUUUUCACCAACUUUACCUAUUUGACAAGUUUAACAAAAAGUGGAAACAAAUCUCGACGGGCCCUGCUUCCGAGCAAAUAUUUUGA